AUGUAUUCGGACAUUUGUCCCCAGCUGAUGGCAGGAUUUGGAGAGGGCUUGGGAAGCUUUGAUGUGGGUGACAUAGCUGAGGGAGGAACUGCACCCAAGUCUGUGAUUUCCCUUCAGCCUCCAUGGACUACUUUCUUUGAAGGAGAGAAAGUCACUCUGACUUGCUAUAGAUAUGGCUUCUAUUCACCCCAGAAAACAAAAUGGUACCAGCAAAAAAAACCACCACGGGAAAGCCAAGAAUACAACUUAACAGUCCAUGAGUCUGGAGAGUAUUGGUGCCAAGCCGACAGCUUACCUCCAAGCAGCCAUGUGCACUUGAACUUCUCUAAAGAUCCACUGGUGCUGCAAGCUCCACCUGCUGUGUUUGAAGGAGACUCUGUGGUUCUGAGGUGCCUCGCAAAGAAUGGCAUAGGUACCCUGAAAUUGAUCAAGGAUAGAAAACCUCUGAAAUUCUCUCAUCAAAGUUCAGAGUUCCGUAUUCAACACGCAAAUCUGAGGGACAGCGGUAACUACCACUGCACCAGGAAGGAGCCAUGGUCUUGGAAAACAAGCACUUCCAAUAUAGUCAGAGUCCAAGUCCAAGAGUUAUUCCCACGUCCUAUGCUGACAGUCAGACCCUCCCAGCCCAUAGAUGGAAGUCCAGUGACCUUGACCUGUCAGACCCAGCUUCCUGCACAGAGGUCAAAUGCCCAGCUCCAGUUCUGUUUCUUCAGAAACCUCCGGGCUCUGGGGUUAAGCUGCAGCAGCUCCCCGGAGUUCCACAUUCCUGCCAUAUGGACCGAAGAGUCAAAAUGGUUCUACCGGUGCAAGGCAGAAACAGUGAGUUCCCAGAUUGGAAAACAAAGCAUGGUGGCCAAAAUUCCUGUCCAGAGAGCUUUCGCCGACUUCCAGAUACGCAUUGUCCCAGCCUCAAAGUUGGUGUUUGAGGGGCAGUUGCUGUUAUUCAACUGCACAGUAAAAGGGGUCCCAGGGCCCCUCAAAUUCUCCUGGUAUAAAAGGGACAAUCUGAGUAAAAAAAGGAAGAUCCAUAAGUCCUCAGAAGCAGAAUUCAAGAUCUCCUCAGUGAACAGCACCGAUGCAGGGGACUAUUACUGUGAAGCUAACAACAGUCGCCGAAGCUUUGUCAGCAAGGCAGUUCCCAUCACCAUAAAAGUGCCAGUAUCUCUACCGGUCCUCACCCUAAGCUCUGGCAAGACCCAAGCCCUUGAGGGAGACUUGAUGACACUUCACUGCAAAUCCGAGAGAGGUUCCCCAUAUAUCCUGUAUGAGUUCUAUUAUGAAGAUGUCUCCCUGGGAACCAACUCUACACUCUCAGGAGGAGGAGCAACCUUCAAUUUCUCUAUGACCACAGAACAUUCUGGAAACUACUACUGCACAGCUGACAAUGGCCUGGGGGCCCAGCGCAGUGAGGCUGUACAGCUCACUGUCAUUGAUGCGACCAAGAACAGAAGUGUUGCCGUGGCCACUGGGAUCACAGGGGGACUGGCUACCAUGGCUGCUGGAGUGUUGCUGCUUUAUUGCUGGUUCUCUAGAAAAUCAGGGGGAAAGCCUGCCUUUGAUGACUCCAGGAGCCCGUCAGAGUCGGAGCCUCAGGAGCCCACCUACUACAACGUACCUGUCAGUCUAGAACUGCAGCCAGUACACGGCAACGACCCUAAAGAAGAUGUGAUUUACACGGAAGUGUGGAGCACUCAACAGAGACAUAACGACGCAGUUCAGAAGUCUAAAAGCCCAAGAUCAAGGUGCCAGAUGGCUGAAUGAAAAAGGAGGACAUGUCUGCUCCAAGCCUCUGAACUCGGGGUCCCCACAAAUACGG